UACCUUUUUUUCUCUCUCUCUCUCUCUCGCUCUCUCUCUCUCGCCCUCUCAACCAAUAUGUACGCCGAUCAUGUCGCCUCCGGUGCGAAGAGAUCCAUCAGGGAUCGCCUCAAUGGCGUUACCAACGACGAUCUCCCCCUCCCGAGCUCCCGCGACGCCAAAAGGCAGCGCCAAACUGAUGGCAUGUGGAGGCGUGUGCUUUAUGAGGAUGACAGGAGAUCUCAGAUUUCAAAAGCUGGAGUUAAUUCUGAAGACCUUCGGUUGAAACUUCAAAGAAAAGAUUCACAGCAAGCUAUUCUUAACAAGCUAUCUGGCAAAGUGCGGCCUCGGUCAGAAAAUACUGAAUCACUGAAACCAAAGCCUGUAGCACAGUGUUCUAAACCUGUUCAAAAGAGUGACGUCCCUACCAUUGAAGCUAAGAUUUCAGUCUUAAGAAAAAUGUCUGCUUCAACUACUUCCGGAAAGCAGUCCCAACAAAAAGUUCAGGCGUCGGUGGAGGGUUUACUUAAAUCUCUGGGCCUAGAGAAGUAUUUAGUUACAUUCAGGGCAGAAGAGGUGGAUAUGACUGCUCUAAGGCAUUUGACAGAUGAGGAUUUGAAGUCUUUGGGAAUCCCAAUGGGUCCGAGGAAAAAGAUACUGUUGGCGGUGAAUUCCAAAACCAAGAACGAUGGCAACGUGUAGCCUGUUCUUUAAGUUGAUCAUCUGCGUUAUCUGUUACUGUGUGCUAUUUGGCGGCAUCAUGGCUUUGCAAAUUUUUGGAUGUAAACAGUCUUAGCAGGGCUCCUUUUAUUCUCUUUUCUGUUCAUUCAUGGCAUAACCAGUAGAUGCGGGAUCGCUUGCUUAUGACAAAUUCACUAGUGUAUCUUGUACUCUCUAACUUGUAUUUUGAUAACCAGAAGCUGUAUACUGUGAGAAUGUGUGCAGAAAAAGUAUGAAGCCUGUGUAAAAAGUUUUAGAUCAAUCCUAACAUGAAUGCCUUUUUUUU